GCUACUCUGUUUGGUUUUUUUUUUUAAUGUCUUUGCCCAUAUCAGGUGUUUAAAGCACCAAUGCAGGCUCUGUGCCAAUGUGAAAGCUCCCAUUUCAGUUAGAAAUUAGUUGGAACCUGUGAUAUUUUAAUAUAUGUUGAAAUAGUAGAUAGUAAUUUCUAACUCAGGUUUUAUAAAAGGUUGUGAUUUGAUAUAUCUAGCCUACAGUUAAGUGGAUUAAGCAGGUUAUAAACAACAACAUUCAGAAGGGGCAGGACAAUGGACCCAGGAAGCCGUUGGGAAUAUGUGAAAUACCCUCUUCAUCUCCUGGCUAAUGUCAGAUGGUGAUAUUAUUUCUGCUGGGACCACUGUAUUUCUGUUUUUGUUUGCCUGACAUAACCCUUAUGUGUCUUCCAUUGGACCUGGAAGGAUCUGGGUGUUUUCGCCUCCCUUUAACUACGGUAAAAAUUGAAUGUUUGGCCCUUCUGCUGAGGGCUUAGAACCUUGCUGUACCCCUGCUCCUAGCACACGAUGAGGGGAGACAUUUCCUUGCUACCAGUCCCUCAUGCACAAAGCAGGAUACAGUCUAGCCUAAUAUUUGUUAAUCCAUAAUAGCCAGCCUAAGUGCUGUAUAGUGAAAAAUAUAAUGUGUUUUUGUAUGGAUAAACCAUGUCUGUUGCUGCAAAUAUUUGCUGUUGCAAACUUACUGCACAAGUGGGGGAGGGUUUGCCUGAUUUGCUGCUGAUUUGUAUGAUGAGUGACAGCUUUGGACAAAAUCCAAAUCCUACAUUAAUAUUAAUUUAUUGUUGUAAAUACAUGCAGAACAAACAAUAAUCAGCAGCUAGCUCAACAACUGUAGUAAGCUGUCCACUCUAGCCAUAGGAUUCUUAUUUUGAAGAUGCCUGAUAGACACUUGACAUCAUGUGUUGUUUAGAGAAAGGGAGUAAACUCUUUGCUGAGUUAUGCUUAUGUUAAGGAAAAAAAGUACAGAAAAUUUAUGGGCUUGAAAAGUGCUAGGAAAAAAAUUAAGCGAGGCUCUUUAAUAGCUGUUUAAUGUUUUUUGUAACAGAAGAGGAGAGGCUGUCAUUGGCAAAGAUCUGAAAAAAUAUUCUGAGUACUAAUUCUAGUUUGAAAUAAGCAGAAGCAUGUAGCAUCAGGGUAUUUUUUUAUGGAACUAUAACUAAGGGAAGUUAAUAACUAUAUAACCUGUACACUUGGUGCGUUUACUUACUUCUAUUAAUUAAAUGUACUUUGUAUUGUGUGCCCCAUUUAUUACAUUCUGUGUCAUAUUUGCUGUGGCUGCCGGGGAAGGCAAUGAAGAUGGGUGCUCAUCUAACAGGUGCUCCACUCCCUUUGUUCUUUGUAUACACAUAUUCAAAUCACAUAAGGCAGGGGACAGGAUAGGGCCUGUUAACUCAUUACUGAUUUCCCUAGCAAAUAAACCAGCUGCAGGUCCAAGCCCUGGCUUAGUGCUGAGGAGAAGGUGGCAUUUGUGUGGGACAGGAUGCUUUCAUGGAGCCCCUUAGCCAACUUCUUUUGGGACUUAGAGUGCAGAAUAUAUUUUCUACUUGUAGGUAUUUGUUCUGCCUUAAAGUUGACAGUACCAUCUCAUACCAUCCAUGGUAUUGAGGGACAGCCACUUCAUCUUACUGUUGACUACAAUUUCAAUGCUACAGCUUCUGAAAUCCAGAUAAUUUGGCUUUUUGAGAGGCCUCAAAGUAAUCCAAAAUACUUGCUUGGCUCUGUAAAUCAAACAGUAGUUCCAGACUUGGAAUACCAGCACAAGUUUACCCUUGUACCACCAAAUGCAUCUUUGAUGAUCAAUCCAUUGCAUAUCAGCGAUGAGGGCAAUUAUAUUGUAAAGGUCAAUGUCCGUGGAAAUGGGACAAUAGCUGCAAGUCAAAAGAUUCAAGUAGCUGUUGAUGUUCCAGUCACAAAGCCAACUGUACAUACUGAACCAUCUUCAGGGGUAGUGGAAUAUGUAGGAAAUAUUACCCUAAAAUGUAUUCUGGGUAAAGGUACAAGGGUAACUUACCAGUGGAUGAAAAAUGGGAAGCGUCUCCAUGCUGGCCCUAAUUAUACCUUUUCAUCAAACAAUGCUACACUUCUAAUUGUUCCUGUUGUAAAAGAAGACAUUGGGAAUUACAGCUGUCUAGUAUCUAACCCUGUCAGUGCAAUGGAAAGUGAGAUAAUUGCACCAACCAUAUAUUAUGGACCUUAUGGUCUUAGAGUUAAGUCAGAUAAAGGUCUGAAUAUAGGGGCAGUGUUUACAGUUGACAUGGGAGAAGUUAUACUGUUUGACUGUUCAGCAGAUUCAAAUCCACCAAAUACUUAUUCGUGGAUUCGAAGGGAUGACAAUACCACUCAUGUAAUCAAAUAUGGACCCCACCUGGAAGUUGUAUCUGAUAAAGUGGCCCAGAAGACAAUAGAUUACAUGUGCCGUGCUUUCAACAACAUGACUGGAAAACGAGAUGAAACUCACUUCACAGUAGUGGUUACUUCUGUAGGGUUGGAAAAGCUGGCCCAGAAGGGAAAAUCUUUAUCUUCACUUGCAGUAAUAACAGGAAUUUCGUUAUUUUUGAUCCUAGCUAUGACUUUUUUAUUCCUAUGGAAAAGAUAUCAGCCACAUAAAGUGAUACAACAGAAGCUGCAAAGCAGGCCAGAGGCCGAUUACAGAAAGGCACAGGCAUUUUCAGGACAUGAAAGUGCUUCAGAUGAUUUUGGGAUAUAUGAGUUUGUCGCUUUUCCUGAUCUUGCCAGUGGUUCUAGGGUUUCAAGUCAAGCUGUUCCUGGCUCUGACUUUGUCCCAGGCCAGGAUAUGCUUAAUACGGUUUAUGAAGUUAUUCAGCAUGUUCCUGACCAGCCGCAACAAGACCACCAACAGUAA